GAAUGCUGCCAUUUUCAACACAGACUUCCUUUUUGGGGUGGAUUCACCUUUUUGAACAUGUGCUGUCCUCCGAGACUGGCAUUGCCAAUUUAAGUGGUACAGCGCUAUUGGUCAUUCUAUUGGCGGUCUUGCAGUUGGUGCUUUGUAAAUCAUACAAGAUUCAACUUGCCUCACUCAAAAUAUUGACGACAUGUCACUUGGUUGGCUACCUUUUCUUCCUUAGCACUUCAUGUUGGUACGGAGUUUUACAUCCACGGCCUAUUUUGGCUGCUUUUGACAAAAUCAGGCAUUGCCUGUUACUAUUGCUUGUUAAGGCAAAAGAAGCAAUCUCUACCCAUACACAAUGGAUGCUAUAUUUACCGCUGUCUUGUUUGCAUGGCGCUUGGAUCAACACGAAUAAGCAGCCAUGGCCGACAUUUUCAUUCACGGAUGAUGUAUCUUUUGAAUCUCUUGUGCGGAUGCCACUGGUUUUUAGCACGAUAUACCAUUUCGCAAGACGUUAAACUAUUACCAGCUGCGAAGUAUAAUUUCCCAGGCUCUCAUUGCGUCAAAAGGAAAUUUGCUUCCUAUCAGUCAAUGUGGCGCCUCCGUGGCAUGCGACUCUUAACAAAACAAUCCCAUCAACUCAAGGCAACCGAGAAAACAGUAAAAAUAACCCAACCAAAUUAGUCACUCCUUCCUCGAACUAGAGGUGGUUCCAGGGUUUGGGCAGCACAGAGACAUAAUUGCCUAAAUGUGUCUUGCACCACGCCGUGAAUCUACACACCUCCAAAAGAUUCUUCAUUGGCUGUUACCAGGUAAUAAAA